AUGAAAGUAAUUGAGCUUAAUUACGGGGAUGUGGAAGUUGGUAAAACGGCGGUAAAGACGAUUGAAAUAUGGAACGAGUCCUGCAAGGAGCAAAUAUAUCAAGCCCAAAGAGACCCAACCGCGAAUCCCUUGGAUCAUGUUUUUCAUUUGCGUUCUUAUAACUGGGCUCUAGCUGCUGAAGACAAAUUUUUAUGCGAAAUACGCUAUCGACCGUUUGUCGUAACGCCUAAAAAUGUUGAUUAUUUUAUGAUUACCGAUACCAGUGGUUCCUGUACGAAAAUCAUUGCCCAGGGAUCGUGUAUCGGUCCCGAAGUGGUUUGUUCAAUGACGAAAAUGUUUAUGGGCUGUACUCAAAACUGUACCGAGGUGAAGAGACGAAUAAAAUUGAUCAACAAAUCUAAAGUAGCAGCAAUUUUUAUGAUCGACAUAGACGAAAAGUAUCAGGUGUUUAGGACAAGCCUAAAUUGCGGUACCAUCGCCCCUUCUUCUUACAAAUAUGUCACCAUUACUUUUUCACCCCCGGAAAGUGGAAGAUAUACUUAUCAUUUAGUCAUUUUAAUUCUGCACCAAGAACCCAUUAUUAUAGAAUUACACGGAAGCAGUAUCGCAUCCGAUUAUAAACAGGAUGAUAUGACCUGUCUCAGUUAUUCCUGGAAGGAGACCAAUGCAUUUGAAGGAUACAUGAGAGACACUGUUAACAUAUUAGGAGAAUUGCCAGCUGUAUCUUUAUCCAAACAUUAUUUUAAUUUCGGUCAAGCGGACGUCGAUCCGGAUAAUAUUAUCCAAAGGAUCCCUCACGCGAUAUGCUUUACUAAUCAUAAUCAGUCGAAUUUGUUAGUUCGCUGGGAAAAGGAUAUCGAUGGGAUUUUUACUGUAACGCCUUACAGAAUGCACGUUCGCGCCAAUCAAUCGGCUCUCUUUGAACUCACGUUCAAUCCAAAUGCGAGAAAUAAUCUUUUUGGAAGAGAAUUAAUCGCCUCUGCCUUUUUCGAACAGCAACAGGAUGUGUAUUUUCCGAUCAUUAUUUCGGUCAGAGUGAUAGGUCAUUCUUUUCCCAUUUCGUCUAACGGAUGGAUCCCGCAAUACGAGAUACCUCAAACUGUAAUAAUGCCACCCUGUGUCCCUCCAAUCCCGGUUUAUACAAGUUUCUUAAUCAAAAAGUUUGGUCAUUUACCAAUGAUGUUUCAAUUCGUUUCACCACCAGCCAGUCAUUUUGUUGUGAAGCCAAUGCUCGGUGUAAUUCAUCAUAAUUAUCAAAUAAUUGUUGUUGAAAUGAUACCGGAGAAUAAAAACGAACAGAUUUAUAUAGAACGAUGGACGGUAUAUUUCAACGGGAAUACAAAAAAUGAAAGUUACAUAGAUUUGAAGGGAUACGCGGAAUAUGCAAAUAUCAUGUUUUGCAAUAACAACGUGUUAAUUUUCCCAGCGGUGAUGCCGCAUUGUCAGCAAUUUGUCCAACUUGGAAUGCGAAAUGUAACUCGUCACAAAAUUCGGUACCGAUUUUAUCAAUUGCCAUCAGAAUUCAAGAUACAAGAUGAAACCGGAGAAAUCGAUCCAAACGAUACUUUAUUUCAAGAAUGUUCUUUCUCUCCAAUAGAACCGAACAUUGACUACGAUUUUGAAGCACAAUGCGUUUUGAUUGUUAUAAAAAAUGACACUAUCGUAGGGACAAAGUGUUGUGUAACUUUACGAGUUCGUGGAAGAUGCGAAAUGGGUUUCUUGGAGGCAAUUCCAAACGAGUUAAAUUUUAACGAGAUGGAAUAUAAUACCACAAAAACGUUGUUUUUCGAUCUUGUUAAUGUUAGUUCAGUAAACAUCUACUACAGAUUAAUAUGUACCCAUACCGGUUGGCCGAUCGGCGAUAUCAAAAAGGAUGUUGAGAUAUCUCCAGCAUCGGAAACAGCUUUUUCAGGAACGCGUAAAAAAGUCACAGUUACUAUUACACCUCGUACACCAGGAUUUUACGAAUUUGCUAUUGAAUAUUUAUUAAGAAUCAAUUAUCGGACAGAUAAAAUAGUAUCCUCGGAAAAGGCAAGAAGAAUUUGUAUGGUGAACUGCAUGUGCACCUUACCAGCAGUGAAGCUGAAGAACGUAUGUGCUUUUGCAUACAAACAAACUUAUUCAGUGAAUAUAAGCAAGCCAUUCUUAUGGAAAGCAUUACAAAUAAACAAAAUGAACGAAGCAAUGAAAUUCAUGCUGCCAGGAGAUAAGAGGAAUGUAAAAGCCGAACUUUUUCCAAUGAUUCUAAACAGUGGAGCUAUUUUGUUAAAAUUUAUUUUUGUAAAUCCUACGAAUUUCCCCGUUUCGUUGAUUAUAAAACAGUUGAAAAGAUGUUCUUGUAAACCAUAUGUAAAGAAAGUUGGAAUUUCAUUGCAACGCACAGUGAUCGAUUGUGUACAUAAAGAUCUCUGUGUGGUAAAUCCAACGUCAAAAAUAUUGGAACCUAAGCAAGAAUUUGUAAUUGGUGUCGAACUACAUUUUACGUUAGCCGGGAAAUCGUACAUAUAUUGGGACGUCAACAUAGGACAUGAUCGUCAUAUAGUUUUAAAAAUAGGUCUCGAAUGUUUGACCGAAUCUGAAACACCAGAUUAUUUUUUAAGCGACAGAUACAUGACAUUCGGAAAAAUUUAUUUCGGCAAUAGGGAGCCUGUUUAUAAAACAUGUUGGAUACAUAAUAUUACAAACAAAAGUUUGCCAUAUUCGGUGAACAUGAAUAACGUUCGCAAAUUAAACGAAAGUUAUUGCUGUGAAGUAUUUUCUUGCUUAACUUCCGGUGGUAUCAUCGAAGCUAAUACGAUUGUACCAUUAGUUUUAAAAUUUCAGCCUAGAAUGUUUGGAGAAUAUCAGGUGACAAUUCCGGUAACUAUGGGUGAUAAAACGUCAGAGAUAAUAUUAAAAGGAAAAGCUUCUCAUUACUUCAAAUCAACUGAUUUUGGGAGAACAAUACCACCACAUUGUGCUUGUAAAACUGAAUUGUUUCCUGCGUAUUUCAACAUAGAUUGCAUCGACAUGUGGGCUAUACCUAUGCAUAGUCACGUCAUUAAAAUGCUCUUAGUUUAUAACAAUUUAGAUUACGCUGCACUCGCUUAUGAAUGGAAAUGUCAAUAUGUACCAGGCAUCAUUUCCGUGGACAUAUUUCCACAAAAAGGAAUAAUAAGACCAAACGCAGUACAAAGUUUCAGAGUAAAAAUCCGAACUAAAGGACAACCUGGUAGAAUUGAUCUUAAUGUACCUUGUGAAUUUCUGAACGCUAGUGAAAGAGGAGAAUAUCAAAGAAGCGUUAUUAGACAUGAUAUUCUGUGCAAGGAAUUGGAAGGACAAUUUAAGAUCACGGAAAAAGGCACUUUUGUGCCAGAACCAUGGAUAAAAAUAUUGAAAAAACCAGAACCAUAUUGCAAAGUACUAACGCUACGGUGUACCAUAAUUCCUAUAGAAGACGAACAUUUAAGAAUGAGUUUAAUGGAGCAAUUAAAAGCUACUCCAUCAAGUACCAUUUACUUUAACGAUCGUACAAAUUAUAAUAUUACAAAAGAUGAAAAUGAACUUUCUAUUGUUGCGUUUAUUUUGGAAGGCAUAUUGUGGGACAUUGUUAACAGUGAACGAUUUCAGAAAAUGAUGGAAGAAAGUUUGAUUCCUGGACGUAAUUUAUAUUAUUCACAAUUGGUGAUGGAUUUAGCAGAGCGCAAAAGAUUGAUAAGAAGGUCUUACAUAUCGCCACCAUUAACAUUAACUAAUUCAAUCUUUGAAAAAAUGUUAUUUUCUACAGUACACGAUGAAUUCUCAUUAAAGACUUCGCACUUGGUUCCCAAGGAAGAUAUAAGACAUAAAAAUUACUUUAAAAUGUUGCCUAAAGAAAAACGAAUCGAUCUCGAACAGGAGAAACAAGUUGAUGACGAAUAUGAUGAUGAGUUUUAUAACAUAAGGACGCGAUUUAGAGUGUCCUUUAUAGACUAACUAUAAAAAUAAAUUUUAAUAUUAAUUCAUUUCUUUAUUAUACGGAUCAGGAAUGCGUUUAAAUACAGCGAGAAACUUAUCUCCUUUA